AUGCCCGUGUUGAUGAAUGACAUUCUCCAAUCCGCCCCAGAAGAACAAAAGGAGAAAAUUAAGAAGCUCUUAGACAUCUGGGAGAAGGGCCAGACCUUCCCCACCCAGAUGAUUGAGUCAUUCAAGGAGAAGCUGACGGCUCCCACAUCUAAAACUUCGACAACUCCCCCCGGCAGCCCCCCGGCAUCGGCCUUGGCUGCCUUGCAAAGUCACGCUCCCCCCUCAGCUGCACCAGCUCCAAAUGGCUCAUCGAUUUUGGAAGCCCUUGCGAACAUGGCCAGGCAGACGUCAGCUCCUGGUAGUGCCAACAAUAAUGCUUCCAACCCGCCAGCACCAGUAGCACCAGCAGCACCAUAUAGCAUUCCGCCUUCCGCCCUUCCGCAACCUGUGUCGUCCUCGACGAUACCACAACCGCACUCUCAAGCACAGCCAUCGUAUCCCCCGGCAGCACAGCCCGUAACCGUGCCGUCCCUUCCAUUCUCACUUCCUCAGACGGCUGGUCAGGCCCCAGCGUUGCCUAACAACGCGAGUAAUCCUCACAACCCUUUUGCUACUGCAAGCCCAGCUGCUCCUGGUGCCGGUGGAGCCUUAGACCCAGCUGUGCAGCAGCAGAUUCUGUUGAUCAAGGCCCUCGCUGACCAAGGUGUUCCAUUUGAUAAAAUUCCUUCUCUGAUCCAGAGUAUGACAAGCAACAGUGCCGCUGUUGGAAACAAUGCUGGCGCUCCCCAUACCGGCUUCCAGCCACCUGUACCAGCGGCACAAGGGACUUUUUCCACCGGCGGUCAACAACCUUGGGGCGGUCCCGCUCCUGUAUCUAGUGAUGGGCGUGACCGAGGCUAUGAGGACAGUAUCAGAUCGCCUAGAUAUCGUGGCCGAACCAGGUCCAGGUCUCCUGAUCGAGGCCGGGGAUCCCGCGACUCUCCUCGUGGUGGACGAGGUCACGGGCGCAACUCUCCCCCGAAUGGUCGCCAUGAUCGGGACCGCAAUGGCCGUGGAGGAAACGACUACCGUCACCGUAGCCCUCCAGGUCGCCGUGGCCGAAGUCCCACUCCUCCCGGCAGUUUCCCCCAUGUUGAACGAUGGGUCGAUUAUGAUUCCAGUGUCCCAUCUGGCCAUAUUAAAGUCUACAGUCGAACCCUCUUUGUGGGUGGUGUAACAUGCUCCGAGGCCGAGCUUCGGCGAGUAUUCAGCCAGUUUGGCACAGUUCAGACUUGCAUCGUCAACAAGGACAAGCGUCACGCGUUCGUCAAGAUGCUGACCCGCAAGGACGCUGCCGCCGCCAAAGAAAGCAUGGAAGAAAAUCGCGACUGCGAACAUCCGCUGAGAACCCGCUGGGGUGUCGGGUUUGGUCCCAGAGACUGCAGCGAUUACGCCACUGGCAUCAGCAUCAUUCCCAUUCCGAAGCUCACUGAGGCGGACCGUAAAUGGAUAUUGACUGCUCCUUACGGCGGCAGUGGCGGUCGUCCAAUCGAGUCUGGCCUCUCUGUGGAGGAGCCCGACAUUGAAAUCGGCGCAGGCGUCUCAUCCAAGGCCAUCAGUCGUCGUAUGCAAACCGACAAGGGCGGCAGCAAUGGACCCAAAUCUACCAGAAACCGUGACGAAGAUGCGGGAAGAGGCGGUCGUCGCGGUCGUGAUCAGGGCAAUGGCGGCCAAGGGAGCACGACCCCAGUGUUCCCGUUUGGAAUUGGGGCCUUGCCUAAUGGAAUGCCAAAUUUCCCUUCAGGGUUUCAAUUCCCCGAUCCGAGUGGGCAUUGA